CCAUGAUUGAUGUCAUGAUUGCAGACCGAUUCAAAAGGUUCCAAUAAUUGGCCCCAACACAGAAUCAACAGAAUUAAUCAUCCAUGGAGGAAGAAGGAGAAGAUGUGAAGCUGCUUGGAGCUUGGCCCAGCCCCUUCAGCUACAGGGUCCUAUGGGGGCUGAAGCUCAAAGGGAUCAGCUUCCAGUACGAGGAAGAAGACCUCGCGCGCAAGAGCAGUGCCCUUUUACGGUACAAUCCAGUCCAUAGGAAGAUCCCCGUGCUUGUCCAUGGUGAGAAGCCGAUUGCUGAGUCGACCGUGAUUCUCGAGUACAUCGAGGAGGCCUGGCCUCAGAAGAAUGAUCAUCCCCUGCUCCCCCAGGACCCCCUCGAGAGGGCCGAGGCCCGGUUCUGGACCAAGUUUGUAGAGGAUAAGAACCCAACCUUCUUCAGGUAUUUCCGUAGCACGGGAGUCGAUCAGGAGCAGGCAACCGAAGAAGCAAAGCAGGUCCUGAAGGCCAUUGAAGAUUAUGCCGAGCUCCAGAUCGGGAAGGAGGGCAAGAAAUUUUUCGGAGGAGGAACAAUCGGGAUCACAGACCUGACGCUGGGAUGGAUCUCAUGGUGGCUGAAGGCCAUGGAGGAAGCUGUCGGCGUGAAACUCUUAAUGGAAACAACAGAUGAAGCCGAGGAAGGUCCUUUCCCUAACUUGAGCAGGUGGAUGAAGAACUUCAGGGAGGACCCUGUGAUCAGAGACAACCUACCUGAUUUUGAUGACUUGGUCCUCUAUUUCAAACGGCUCCGGCACAACUUCAUUGCGACAUCGGAUUAAUAUCUUCUAGUUCUUCGAGCAAGACAAUGGCAAGAGAACAAGAGAGAAGGUCUUAAAUGGCUCCGUGGCCCAUAUAUCAUCUCGCAGUAUGUCGAUUGUUCCUUCUUGUCAUGCGAUCCCGAACUUGUGUGAUCCGUGAUCGAGUAAUUCUAUGGGAGACCGUGCCCUUUUAAUCGAUGAUUUCACUUGUAAUCAAAUGGAGGAGCGGACGGUGAAGAUCUUUGUUGACUUCUGUGUCUACUUAGGAAUUUUUCUUCUUCAAGUUUUCAGUUCCAUUUGUCCCCUCAA